AAAGCUCAGAGGGUGUACCAAUAUGGCCGCCGCCGCCUCCUGCUGUCUACUUCCGGUUGCCCUUUCCCCUCUGACCCCGCUGUUAACCUUGAGCUGUCUGAGCGGCUUGCUGGAGCAGGAUGGUGAGUGGAGGCUGUCAUGGGGGGGGAGAGAGCACAGGGGGUCUGAUCUCAGGGGUAUUCACAUUGUGCUGCUGUAUGGGGGUAUUCACAUUGUGCUGCGGUAUGGGGGUAUUCACAUUGUGCUGCGGUAUGGGGUAUUCACAUUGUGCUGCGGUAUGGGGUAUUCACAUUGUGCUGCGGUAUGGGGGUAUUCACACUGUGCUGCCCUGCUGUAUGGGGUAUUCACAUUGUGCUGCCCUGCGGUAUGGGGGUAUUCACAUUGUGCUGCCCUGCGGUAUGGGGGUAUUCACAUUGUGCUGCCCUGCGGUAUGGGGGUAUUCACAUUGUGCUGCCCUGCGGUAUGGGGGUAUUCACAUUGUGCUGCCCUGCGGUAUGGGGGUAUUCACAUUGUGCUGCCCUGCGGUAUGGGGGUAUUCACAUUGUGCUGGCCUGCGGUAUGGGGGUAUUCACACUGUGCUGCCCUGCUGUAUGGGGGUAUUCACAUUGUGCUGCGGUAUGGGGGUAUUCACACUGUGCUGCCCUGCUGUAUGGGGGUAUUCACACUGUGCUGCCCUGCUGUAUGGGGGAUUCACAUUGUUAACGCGGUAUGGGGUAUUCACACCGUGCUGCCCUGCUGGCCCAUGGGAAUUAUUCAUUGUGCUGCCCUGGGGUAUGGGGGUAUUCACAUUGUGCUGCCCUGCGGUAUGGGGGUAUUCACAUUGUGCUGCCCUGCGGUAUGGGGGUAUUCACAUUGUGCUGCCCUGCGGUAUGGGGGUAUUCACAUUGUGCUGCCCUGCGGUAUGGGGGUAUUCACAUUGUGCUGGCCUGCGGUAUGGGGGUAUUCACACUGUGCUGCCCUGCUGUAUGGGGGUAUUCACAUUGUGCUGCGGUAUGGGGGUAUUCACAUUGUGCUGCCCUGCUGUAUGGGGGUAUUCACACUGUGCUGCCCUGCGGUAUGGGGUAUUCACACUGUGCUGCCCUGCGGUAUGGGGGUAUUCACAUUGUGCUGUCCUGCGGUAUGGGGGUAUUCACAUUGUGCUGUCCUCGCGGUAUGGGGUAUUCACACUUUAACUUGCCCGCAACUGUAUGGAGUAUUCACACUGUGCUGCCCUGCGGUAUGGGGGUAUUCAUUGUGCUGUCCUGCGGUAUGGGGGUAUUCACAUUGUGCUGCCCUGUAUGGGGUAUUCAUUAUUGCUGUCCUGCGGUAUGGGGGUAUUCACAUUGUGCUGCCCUGCGGUAUGGGGAAUUAUUCACAUUGUGCUGCCCUGCUGAUAUGGGGGUAUUCAUUGCUGUCCUGGGUAUGGGGGGUGAUGCAUUUAUUGCUGUCCUCGCGGUAAUGGGGGGUAUUCACAUUGGGUAUUCACAUUGUGCUGCCCUGCUGUAUGGGGUAUUCACAUUGUGCUGCGGUAUGGGGGUAUUCACAUUGUGCUGCGGUAUGGGGGUAUUCACAUUGUGCUGCCCUGCGGUAUGGGGGUAUUCACACUGUGCUGCCCUGCUGUAUGGGGUAUUCACACUGUGCUGCCCUGCUGUAUGGGGUAUUCACACUGUGCUGCCCUGCUGUAUGGGGUAUUCACACUGUGCUGCCCUGCUGUAUGGGGUAUUCACACCGUGCUGCCCUGCUGUAUGGGGUAUUCACAUUGUGCUGCUGCAUGGGGGUAUCUACAUUGUGCUGUCCUGGGCGGUAUGGGGUAUUCAAGACAGUUGUUGUAUGGGGUAUUCACACUGUGCUGCCCUGCUGUAUGGGGGUAUUCACACUGUGCUGCCCUGCUGUAUGGGGUAUUCACACUGUGCUGCCCUGCGGUAUGGGGGUAUUCACAUUGUGCUGCCCUGCUGUAUGGGGGUAUUCACAUUGUGCUGCCCUGCUGUAUGGGGGUAUUCACAUUGUGCUGCCCUGCUGUAUGGGGGUAUUCACAUUGUGCUGUCCUGCGGUAUGGGGUAUUCACAUUGUGCUGCUGUAUGGGGGUAUUCACAUUGUGCUGCUGUAUGGGGGUAUUCACAUUGUGCUGCUGUAUGGGGGUAUUCACAUUGUGCUGCUGUAUGGGGGUAUUCACAUUGUGCUGCUGUAUGGGGGUAUUCACAUUGUGCUGCCCUGCUGUAUGGGGGUAUUCACAUUGUGCUGCCCUGCUGUAUGGGGGUAUUCACAUUGUGCUGCGGUAUGGGGUAUUCACAUUGUGCUGCGGUAUGGGGUAUUCACAUUGUGCUACGGUAUGGGGUAUUCACAUUGUGCUACGGUAUGGGGUAUUCACAUUGUGCUGCCCUGCGGUAUGGGGUAUUCACAUUGUGCUGCGGUAUGGGGGUAUUCACAUUGUGCUGCCCUGCGGUAUGGGGGUAUUCACAUUGUGCUGCCCUGCGGUAUGGGGGUAUUCACAUUGUGCUGCCCUGCGGUAUGGGGGUAUUCACAUUGUGCUGUCCUGCGGUAUGGGGGUAUUCACAUUGUGCUGCCCUGCGGUAUGGGGGUAUUCACAUUGUGCUGCCCUGCGGUAUGGGGGUAUUCACAUUGUGCUGCCCUGCGGUAUGCGGGUAUUCACAUUGUGCUGCCCUGCGGUAUGGGGUAUUCACAUUGUGCUGCCCUGCGGUAUGGGGGUAUUCAGACGCCUCAGCAGGGAUAUCUGUCCAUUUAUGAAGGUGGAAUCACAAAAGAACAGUAUUGAUUUGUUAUUGUUACCCCCAAUUGCUUCUUAUGAAUUUACAUACCAGGGCAGCACGUUUCACUUAGUGUCCAGCAGAAUGAAUAAGCAAUGUGUAGAGCGGAAACCAUGGUAGACGUUCACCUUUUGUGUUUACCUGUGUCCAUCAUGUGAUAUGUUUUAUAAUGAUUUGGUAAAACUUUAUGUAUUUCAGUGUUACAAAUACAGUACUCCUAUACUGCUAAUAACAAUAAUACUUAAAAAAGAGUCCACUAUAUAAAGGUCAAUACACUUCUAAUGGGACAGAGGUUUAUUGAAUAACUGUUUUCCUCUUCACACAGUUUCACCCUAUUUCAUCAUAUGUUAAGGAUUGCCAACCUCUUGCAUUGCAUGUUUUGUAUGAUUAAUUUCUCGUGAUGUCCAGCCAGCGUUAUGGCAAACAGAGAAUUGUAAACAUAUAUUUUUUUACACUUCAAUUGCAAAAGGUUUGCCAUGUUUGUUUCAUCAAUCUCUGUAAUAAUUCUUUGAGUAUAAUGCACGUCAUUCAUAGGCGGCUGUGUGUUGCCACAUACCUGUUUUGCCAGUAGUGACACUGGGUAAUCAUUUUAUUCGGUAACCAUUAAAAUGGCAUUUCUGUUUGUGUAAUAAGGGAAUAGGUGGAUCUGGCAUUUUACAUCUUUUUUCGAUUUUUCUCUCCAUAGGCCAAGUACUUGGCACAGAUCCUGGUAAUGGGAGCGCAAGUUGUUGGCAGAGCAUUUACACGGGCAUUGCGUCAAGAGUUAGCUGGUAAGUACCCUUCCUAAGAAGAUAAAACAUACAUUCUUUAUAAACUAUAUAGUAUUCUAUAUUUCUAUUUAUUAAAAAUGUCACUUUGAAUAGACCGAUGAGAAAGUAUCAUCACUUUAAUACUUAAUUUUUCAGCAGAAGUGACAUUGACGUGGCAUUUUAUCAGCUCUGGAGGGUUAACAGUGACACAACAUACAAAUACUAUGAUUGUAUUAUGCGGAGGGUGAAACCUCUUCACAUUAUAUCCCAAGUUGAUGAAAGCUAAGGUUGCCAAUCCACCUGUUGACUUUAAAACAGUUUGACAAAAAAAACAAGGGAUUGCAUGAACAGCCUCCUAUAACCACUACUAUAAUGGAUAUGGUACUUAACUUACUAACUGAAACCUAAAUUACACAGUGCACCUAACGUGUGGGAGCCUAGAGUGUCACUUUUAAAGAAACACUAUGGGGUCAGGAACACAAGCAUGUAUUCCUGACCCUGGAGUGUUAAAAACACAAUCUGGCCUCUUUUUGCCCCCUAAACAUAGCAAAAUAUUACCUUUAUUCCACUCUGUUGCUGCUGGGUCUGCCCCUGUUCUGCCUGCUUGGCUGACAUCAUCAAAAGUGUUUAAUAAAGCCAAUCACAAUGCUUUCACAUAGGAAAGCACUGGAUUGGCCAAGAUUAUCAGGGCAGAGCCAGCACAAGUCAAACACAGCCCUGGCCAAUCAGCAUCUCCUCAUGAAAAUGUAUUGAAUCAAUUAAUUUAGGAAAGUUCACUGUCUAUAUGCAGAGGGUGGAGACACUGAAUGGCAGUCACACUGUGCAGCACUGCCCCAGGAAGCACCUUUAGCAGCCAUCUGAGGAGUGGCCAGUGAAGUUAUCACUAGGCUGUAAUGUAAACACUGCAUUUUCUCUGAAAAGACAGUGUUUACAGCAAAAAGCCUAAAGGUAAUGAUUCUACUCACCAGAACAAAUGCAAUAGGCUGUAGUUGUUAAAGAGACUAUAUUGUCUCUUUAAUGGGUUUUAAUAAUUUCGCUUUGUUGGUUUUUGUCUGACCCCUAGCACCAGGAUUGGCUGGCCCAAUUGUUUCCAAUCCAUUUCUCCUUAUUUUCUCUAUCAGCGAGUAGAGCAGCAGCUCAAGCAAGAGGCGGUCGAGCUGGUACAGAGUCUGCAGCUGCCAGCAGCCUGUCUGGGAUUAGCCUCCAGGAAGCCCAACAGAUCCUCAACAUCUCCAAACUGAAUCCCGAGGAGAUCCAGAAGGUAAAAUGUCACAAAGAAACAAGACCUUUAUUGCUUCAAACUAAACUAAUGCAAAAUGUCCUGAAACUCGUUCAUAUAUUUGGUGAUGUGACUUGUUCUAUAAUGAGCAAUAGAGGACAUUACUAUGUCUGUGUGCAGAUCUGUUUCACUGCUCUAUAACUAGAGUGAACGUAGGCUUUCCGGGUCACCCACAUUUUACUGGACAGUUAACGUGUGUGUGUGUGUGCUCUGUUGGUCAGUACAGGAAAAGUGCUGGCAGCAAGUUGGUGAAUAUCAUAUGAUGCCAGAAGGAAAUUAUUUCAUCACGAGAUGAACCUGCUGACACCAGCCGAACACAUUGAUUGAUUUCUACCAGCAGCGUAUCAAUUUACUUCUGGGCAGCACUAUUUGUGUAUCAUCCAACAGCAUUAUUCAUUCUGUUCUAUACUGACAGACCUAAUGUCCUCCCCCCUGGCCCCCACCCCUGAGCGGUGGGUGGAGGCCCUAAAGUAAAAUAAUGGGGUGGGGGAGACCUAUUGUCCUCCCCGUCGGCCCCCACCCCUGAGUGGCGGGUGGGGGCUCUAAAUCAGAAUAAGGGGGGGACCUAUUGUCCUCCCUCCUGGCCUCCACCCCUGAGCGGUGGGUGGGGGCCCUAAAUCAGAAUAGGUGGGGGGGACCUAUUGUCCUGGUCCCCACCUCUGAGCGGUGGGUGGGGGCCCUAAAUACUAAUAAGGGGUGGGGACCUAAUGUCCUCCCCCCUGGCUGCCACCUCUGAAUGAUGAGUGGGGGCCCUAAAUACUAAUAAGGGGGGAACCUAAUGUUCUUCACCGUCCCCCUCCCCCCACCAAUCAGUGUGUUAUUAGUCAAAUUACACAGCGUGGGAAAAUUCCAAAGAACUUUCCCACGCUGUGUAAAAUGACACAGAGCACUCUGAUUGGUGGAUUUCAGAGCUCAGUCUGCGUGGAGCCCUCCGUGGGUGAAGAUGGAUUAUUUAUUUUAUUUUUUUUUAUACAGGUACUUAGUUAAUGGCCCCCCUCAUUAUUUUUAGGGUGAGGGGGGGGUAGGUAGGUAGGUUAGUGUUUUUUUUUGUUUGUUUUUUUUUCUGGAGGGGGGUGACUAGGGGUUUGGGGACCCCUAGUUACCCGGGGGGGGGAGGGGGGGGGUAACAUUUUUAUUUAGGGCCCCCACCCGCCGCUCAGGGGUGGGGGCCAGGGGGGAGGACAUUAGGUGUGUCCCCCUUAUUCUAAUUUAGAAUAAGGGGGAGGAUAUUAGUUUUCCCCCCCACCCCCUGCUCAGGGGUGGAGGCAAGGGGGAGGACAUUAGGGUCCCCCGCCUCCCUUAUUUUACUGUAGGGGGGGGGGCUGCUCACUAUUUAAUAGACAAGCCCUGCUCACGUUAUAACGAGUAGGGGCAUAAUUUACUAAUACUAAGUAAUCUUUACUUAGUAUUAGUAAAUUUGGCUGAAAUACAAAUUUAGGUCUUUUAGUAGAUGGCUCCCUAAUACUGUGGGAAUUAGGGAGUUAUCUACUUAUUCAUUCCUGUCAUUAUUUUAUAUUAAUGUAUGUUACUUUAUUGUUAUAAAUAUUUACAAAUGCUUACAGCUGAAUCCUGGCUAUGUUUGUAUAUUUUUUAUUUAAAAUUGUAUACAGUGUAACAUUCUUCCACUGGGUAAGUAUAUUAGUUCUUAGGCAAUACUGUGCUUCGGAACUUCGUCAAUUCGGAAAUUCUGUAAUUUCGGGACUUCGGCAAUUAAUCUAUUCGGAAGCACCCGAAUGUCCAAAUUGCCCAAAAUUCGUCCCAAUUAACAUUCGGACCAAAACGAAUUGCACGUGCCUAUUUUUUUUAUAAACUGCAAUAAUUAGCUUUGUGGGGUAACUUGUCUUUAGGUGACUUUUGGUCAUGCAUAAGGACAUCUAGCAUCGCCGGAAUCCUAAUGCGAGCGCAAGGCGGAGGAGGGCCAGUGAAAUGACAGAAUUUUUUUUUUUUUUUUUUAACACUUCCGGCACUGUGUCACACCUCCCUGAAAGUGACCUACACAGCUUUCCUAAACACUCUGUGAAGAGAGAUCUAAUGUUUAAACUUUCCUUAUUGCAUAGUCUGUUUUAUUUAGAAUGUUUUGUCUCCUGCACUGUUGAUGGCAUGCUAGACCCUGCAUGAGCCUACUGUGUGUGAUUAAAGUUUAAUUUAAAGAGUAGGAGAUCAAAUCUUCUAAAGCAAGUUAACAUCUGAUUGAAAAUGAGACCAUUAAAGGACCAAUAUAGGCACCCAGACCACUUCAGCUCAAUGAAGUGGUCUGGGUGCCAGGUCCCUCUAGUUUUAACCCUGCAGCUGUAAACAUAGCAGUUUCAGAGAAAAAUCACAGUGGGAAGACGCUGGACGUCCAUAGGAAAGCAUUGAGUAAUUAAAAGGUGCUGCUACACUAUCUAAUAAGAAUAUCGAAUAAGGCACAGUGUCACUUUAAACAAUAUCUGUCUGGGUUCACUACCUCACUUUUAGAAUUUUGUGUCAAGUGGGAUGAUAUUGGGAGUCCACACAAAAUUAUAUAUAUGGAUUCACUACUAAAUAGCACAAUUCAAAUUAAGUUUGCACUGUCACUUUAAAGAUUGGCACUCAAAGAUAAAGAACUAUAUUAUGUGGCUAUAUUAUUAUUUUAAGAUGUAAAAUGAUGGUAUUAUUGAUGUAAUUAACUUAUUUUCAUUUAUUUAUCUCUCCAAUCAUAUGAGCUAAUAUUAAUGUAUUCUUCCUGUUAAGAAUAUGUACUAUUCUGUUGGACUGAACAAUACAUAGAAGUAUAGUGUUCAAAAAGACUGUUUUUAUCACAUCAAUUAAGAGACUCUCAUGACAAAGGAUUUUAAAUUUGGUGGAACGCAAAGUGCGUUCCAUGCACACAGAGUGCACAUAUGAUGAGAAUAGAGGUGCGCCGUCUCUCUAAUGGAACGCACGAUGCGUUCCAUUUAAGCUGGAGAUCGAAACCAGGAAGUACAAUGCGUUCCAGCAAUGCCGAGGUUCCAUGUGACCUGAACCAGGAAGUGAAACGCAGACGGAGGAAUGGAACGCAAGUUGCGUUCCACUUGAAAAAGGCCGCGAAUUUGGAUUACACACAGCAUUUAAAGAACUGUAUGGACUUACAAACAGUAAUCUAUCCAACUGAGGAAGCCACGUUAGGCGAAACGCGUUUUGGCAGUAUUUUACUUAUUUAACAGAUUUUAUUUACAUUUUUUAUUUUAUCUGUAUUCAAUAAAUUUUUUAUUUUACAUCGAUCUGGAUUCCCUGCUGUUUACCACUGGGAGGAAUUUUCCAUACUACAGACCGAAUAUCUAGACCAUCCAUAGAGGGAUUUGGAUCACUCUAAAAAGAUCCUAAGGCCAUCCACACCAGAGCCAGGUCCAAUAUUGGCUCUAGUUUUGGGAGUGUAUUCUUGCAUAUGUAAUUUCUUCAUUGUAAUUUAGUUAUCUGCACUAUUUGUAUACCUCUCUGUCUCCACAGCAUUGCUGAAUUCGUUGAUAAGAGAGGAAAGUAUACUAUUAGCUCCACCUAUUGUGUUUGUAUUGUAAUGCUUUCAUAUGGGCUGUUUGAAUGCGCGCGCGGCAUGAGAUGGUGAUUGGUGCAACGUGGCAUUUUGGAAAAGCAUUGGAUUGGCUGAGAUCGUCAAGAUUGAUGAUCUCCGCUAUGGAGGCAGGGCCAGCUGGAAAUGGAGAAAGGUGAGUAAAAUACAGUUUAACUCCACAGAGAGGGGUGGUCUGAGCACCGUAACAUUUAUUCCAGCUUAUAGUGACCCUUUUAAGCAAAAAAUGUUUGAUACCUAUUGUGUCCCUUAACAACUUUCAUCUUGCUUAACUUUGUUCUCUUCCCAAGUCAUUUUUGAAUUUUUGAAUUUUUUUUUUUUUUAAAAUUAAAUGUAUAUUUUAAUCAGUAAAAGUUUUUACAACAUUUUUUCUUGAUUUAUUUUUUAUUUUUUUUCUGUUUCAGAAUUACGAUCACCUUUUCAAAGUAAAUGACAAGACAGCUGGAGGAUCCUUCUACCUACAAUCUAAGGUUUGUGAUUUUCCAAGCUAUAUUCACCGAGCUGUGGCCACCUGUUACUAGUCCGUACUGAUUGUAGACGGGCGAUGGUUACUAUGUAUCAAGCACAGCUGGGCUGUUCUCGUUUCUUACAUAUUCUUUGUUUCCUGUGAUUUAACUUCACCGAUAUCAAGAUGCGCAACAUCAUCAAAACAACUCCCUGAGGGGGCGGAGCUAAGCAGCCCUCCGAGGUAGACGUACCUCCGGGAAAAAUCCUGAUAAAAGCGACUUUAACACUGCAGAAAUCAAAGAUACCGGAGCAUACUCACCUCCGAUAAGUGAACGGAUGCCCUUUACUUUCCCCACGAACGCUAAAACCCGGCGCCGAGGCCCUCGGGCCUACCGCGUGGGAAGCCUUUACUGGAUCGGAACGGGCUUAGAGGGUGACACAAACCUGGAAUCCCACAGCCAAACCCCUCCAGGAGGCGAAAUGGUGCAUAAAACACAGAAACUGACCCAACCCACACCCAGGGAAGGUCAGGACAUAGGCCAACUGCUAACCUCGAGGCCCAGAGGGGCAACAUAGCCCAGCCUUGCAACAACAGCAGAUCCACCUGCAGAGACGCCCUCCAUGCCAGAGCCUCCGGCGAUAGCAGAUGGCAACGCACCGUCCACCAAACAGGACAUACACCACUUAUUAGUGCACAUCCAGCAAAUGUUCUCGGCUGAGCUCAAAACUGUACGAACAGAGGUACAGGCAGUCACUAACAGGGUCCAAGCGACAGAAGCUGAUCUCACCGACCUGAAACAGGGCAUGGCCGCCAUCAAUCAAGCCGUGCAACAACUCCAAACAGCACAAGCUUAGCAAGGUGUCAAGAUAGCUCAAUUAGAGGACAGAGAGCGUAAUUGAAACUUCAAUAUCCGCAGAGUGGUGGACUCCCUGUCACCUGAGGAACUUCCCCUCUUCGUCAGGUGCCUAGUCUCCACUGUCCUGCCCAGAAAAAAUGCAAAGCAAAUCAACUUUGACGGCAUGUACCGCAUAGCUAAGUCAUCACAAGCUCCAGCUAACGCCACUCGGCACAUUAUUCUAUGCUGCCAAACUCGGGCCGACAAACAAAAGCUCCUCAACGCAGUGAAGGGUAAGACCCCACUACAAUUCGAGUCACAAACCCUUACAUUCUUCCAGGACCUAAGCAGAGCCACAUUAUUGUGGCGCAAAUCAAUGCAGCCGAUCACGAAAACCCUGCAAAGUGCUGGCCUCCCCUAUAGGUGGUCUUUGCCCAGAGCUCUGGUGGUCACCCAAAAUGGAAAGACUUUCAGAGCCCAGGAUCCCACAGAGGGAACUGCUUUCCUCCAGGCGCUUGGACUACAGGCCCAGACAACGACACAAGCCAAACCUGGGACGUAUCCAGAGUCAACCCAUUUGUGCCCAGUGGUGCCAGUGACUCGGUGACCUGACUCUGCAUGGGACAUUAGCCUAUACUAUGUUUUUUCUGUUAAGUUCUUAUUUCUUGCUACUCUCUCGUAAUUUUAAAAUGCAUUUUGUUUACCGCCACUGCCUCUAGGAGGAAUUUUUCCUAAUAGUGGCAAAGUUUAGCCAAUGUAAAUGUUGCUCCCACAUGUAAUACAAUCCGACUUGUUUAAACAGUCACGCAACGUGAAAGCUACCCUCCCCCCCACUGCCCCAUAGGUUAGGGUGCAUUAGCAUCAAGACCAGGAGUUAUAAUCUACAACCAUAGUCAUUCACGGUUUAGACCGAAACUUGCUAAUAGAUGGAGAUAAAUGCCCUCAAUACUCCAUUAUCUCUCACUCUUGUGCACUUCUAGCUAAACUCUAGAUGCAUUUUUUUUUUUUUUUUUUUAAAAGGGGCCACUUCAUAAAAGACGAUAUCACUCAUGUACAACUGCAAUGUUUUUAUCACGAAUGUCUUUUAUCUUGUUCCACUGCUAUGAAUCACCCGAAUAAAAUAAAGAAUUAAUUAAAAAAAAAAAAAAACUCCCUUAGAAUAAAACGCUCUCUCUGAUAUUUUUCUACCAGGUUGUUCGAGCCAAGGAGCGGCUAGACCAGGAGUUACACAUCCAGCAAAAGGAACAGCAAGCACAGGAAGAAAGCAAGCAGACGUGACCCCUGACCCAAUCUUACUAAAUUGUAUAGUGCAGGCUCCAUCUCCGCCCAUAGAACGACAACCCCUAUAAUCCUGAGCCAGCCACUGACCGCUGCUGAUCUACACCUCAAUGAGAGAUGGUUGUUGUAGUUUAUUGGGCACUGGAGAAAUGCAAUUUGAAUACACCUGGUUUACGCCAGACGCUAGCGACACAUUACAUAACAGCAUAAUCUCCUGAUGGACCAUGGGAUCGGGAGGCCAAUCCACCAAUAAAUGGAAUUGUAAUUUAUAAUUGUGCUAAUAAAGCGAUCUGGUUUAGUUUUCUUUAUGAAAUCAUUUCAGUAUUUUAUGUUUUGUUUAAGCACCUAAGAGAUGCUCUGAUUUCUGCCAUGCAGAUUGUAUAGAGCGGCCUGUCUUGGGUAAUGCCAGUGCUAUGUCUGUCCCAAUCAAGUGUCUUGUAACGUGUAACAAGUGCAAAUCUAAACUGCUGGAUUGUGUAGGAAACUACUCGUACAGAUAUAUAAUCUAUAACCACGGCACCUUGUAAUAAAGACAAACUGCCCUUACCUGAUGGCCCUGAUUGCUGCUUCUGCUAAAUUAAUUGUAGUAUUCUGUAACGGUCAUUAUAUGUAGGAAAUGCUGUACAUGAUGUCACUUAUAGAGCAAGCGACAAAUCCUAAUGAGAGGCCUCUCUGAAGCAGGAAAGGAAUUAGCAUGGUGACCAUGCUAUA